AUGAUGCCAUCUGUAAACGAUGCAGAUGCUCCAUGCGCAUCUACAGAAGAGGAUCUGCCUGGCUAUGUUCGAUCGAAGAAACCCAACUCAUCCAUGAUAUGUUCGUCAUCGUCAAUCCGACAACGACGUGAUCUGCUUACCUACCUCGUAGUGAUUUUUCUUAUCGGAGAAUUGGUGGCUGUAGGUGAGUUAGUUGUUUAUGGCUUCACUAUUGCUUUCUGA